AUGUCCUCACCAGUUGAUCCAGAAGAAUAUUCGUUUGUCGCGUAUGGCGAUCCUUUUAGUGAUGAUGAAGAUGAGCAAAGCAGAUUUCGUGGCCUUGCUUUGGGUAAACGUAAAGCUAUUCCAUCCGCCUAUGAAAACCGCGUACUGAAUGAAAGGGGUCGACCUAUGAGGUUUCACGGGGCAUUCACUGGAGGAUUUUCUGCUGGAUAUUUCAAUUCAGUUGGGUCUAAAGAGGGUUUUAAACCUAAAAGCUUCCACUCCUCUCGUAAAAAUAGACAGAGAGAUUUAGAUGAAAAGUUCGCCCAACAUCCAGAGGAUUUUAUGGAUGAUGAAGAUUUCGGAGAAUUCGGUAUUGCUCCAAGGCGUAUUCGACCGACUCAUGAAUUUGAUGACACUCAUGUACGUGAUACAUUGCAAUUAGCAUUAGGUGAUCAGUCUGUGAUUCCACAAGCUGGUUCACUUUUGAAAGGAUUAAUUGUAGCUACCAGAGGUACACUAGCUGAGAGGUUAUUACGACGUCUUGGAUGGAAAAAUGCUCAUUCAACUCCCCUGAAUGAUGAUACUGUAGAAAAUACGGAUCAGAGAAAAUUUCCAGACGAUACGGAAUCUAUCACAGGCACUGAUGAAUGUUUUGGUGGAGAGAAAGAUUCAAGUCCUACAAUGUUCGCUCAAAUUAAUUUUGUGGCUAAAACUAAUACAUUUGGUUUGGGGUAUUCACCAUUGGAUCCAGAAGUUGCUAUGGGUCGGCGUAAGCUUAACUCAAAUGAUACUGAGGAUAUUUGGUCAAACAGACACCCAGAAGAGUCUGUCAGUGCACUGUUACACAGACAACAGAAAAUUCGUAACGAAAAUGAAUUUGAUCUUAAAAGUGGAUUAAAACGUCAUGGCAUAACUGGCCAUGCUUUCGGUGUAGGUGCUUUAGAGGAAGAAGAUGCUGAUGUGUACGAACAAGAUCGUUUAGCAGAAUAUGAUUGGGAAAUAGGGGAUGGUGAAUCAAACGAUGACGAAGAUGAAGAUGAAGAACAGGCUGAAAUUGAGGCUGCUAGACUUGGACGUUUGUCAUCUACUACGAAGAAGAAAUCACAAGUUAAUUCUAGUUCUACUGAACGUACUAAAAUUAUUGAUGGGUGGACUGCUCCUUCACAACAUCGUUCAUCUCAAAAAUUGAACAAAUCAUCCUCAGAUACUUUGCCUGGAUUUUGCAGUGAAUCAACAAAACAAGAUGAAUUCAAAACUCAUCCAAUUCAGGUGACUUUACCUCCAGGCUACAUUCCGGUCUUUAAUCCACGGUGUAUAUUAACUUGUGAUAAUAAACAAAGUAUCAAAUCAAGUUCAUUCAAUCACCCUCAUGUCAAACAUGAUGCUAUUUCACGAGCCCGUUUACUCCAAGAAGAUUCAGUUUAUGAAAAGUUAGAUCCUAUCCAACAACUUCGUCUGAAGGCUGCAGCAGCGGGCCUUCCUGUUCCAGCCCUAGUGUCAAAGACUUCUCCAGCUGAACAACAAUUAAAUCAAUCUGAAAAUUCAAAUAAACUAGCUGCUUUUACUACUUCUAAUCCAACUGCUGGUUUGUUGAAGAUUUUUAAAACGGAUAGUAAUAAACAAGCACGGUUUGAGGCUUACCAAGUACUUGUUCGUCGAGGAUUUGCCCAUGAAGAUGCUUAUCAUCGUUGCUCUACCCUAUUGGAUUUAAACAAUGAAGAGAAGGAACGUGAAGCUAACUCGUUUCAAACGCUUAUUAAAAUGAAUCAAAUGUCAAGUACUAAUAAUUCUUCUCAAAUGGAUCCAGUGAAUAUGAAUAAUGAUGCAAUGAUUUGUCAAACUUCAACGUCAACCUCUAGUGCAUCAACUAUAUCUUCUGAUCCUUCUGAUAGACUACUGCCAUUAUCAAAUAAAUUACCACUUCAUAAACAACAGUUGAUCUCAUCGAAAUUAGCUUUAAGAUUUCGUUCUGCUGGUUGUAUGGAUAUCAGUAAAGAAUUAACUGAAGAAGAAGAGAAAGCUCAACGAGCACGAGUUGAAAGCUUAGAUACAGUUGAGCCACGUGAUCAUGCUGUUGCAACAGAAUCUUAUGGAGCUUUAACUAGACGGCGUUUAAAAUGGCAUCCUGAUAAAAUUUUAUGUAAACGUAUAAAUGUUCCUGAUCCGUAUCCUGAUUCCACUUUUGUCGGCUGUCCGGAUGAUAGACGUCCUCGUAAUCCUUUUCGUCAAAAUUCCACGGCAAAUGAGUUUUCUAUUUUUGAUCUAUUGGAUGUUAACACUACUGGUUCAAUUCAAAAGUUGAAUUCUUCGAAUAUUACUUCCUGUGAACCACAAUUAAGUGACGAGUCUAAUUCUUCUGACAGUGACAGCAACGAUCCUUCUGGUACUAUGUCAGAACUUCCUGCCAGUAAUACACCCUAUAGGCCUAAUCUGACUGGUACAACUUUUCAGUCUCGUGGAAAAGCUUUAUUCGCAACUUUGUUUCAAUCUAUUGAGCAGAGUAAAACAACCGAAACUACAGACAAUGUUGUGGAAAAUGAUAAUAAUAAUAAUAAUAAUAAUAAUAAUAAUAAUAAUAGUUUGUUAGAAAACGUCCAACCAUCAGAUAAAAUUUCUCAUGAUACUACCAGUGAGAUUGUGAAUGAAUCAAAUGCACGGGUUAUGGGUCCUGCUCUUCCGAAAUAG